CUUCUCAGGUUGUUAGAGGGCUCGAUGUUCAACGCAGAAGUGAAGGAAGGAGAGAUUUUGCCUCCCACCAUUCAGAGGCUGAUGAAAGGAUACAACAAGUACCUCAGGCCUUUCUUUGACAAUGGUCCUGUAACAGUUGGUAUGAGCUUGGACAUCGCCAGCAUUGACACCAUUUCAGAGAUCAAUAUGGACUACACCGCCACCAUAUUCCUCCGCCAGCGCUGGACGGACGAGCGUUUGGUGUUUGAGGGCAACAAGAGCCUGAGCCUCGACGGGCGCCUGGUGGAGCUCCUCUGGGUCCCUGACACCUUCAUCGUGGACUCCAAGAAGUCCUUUCUCCACGACAUCACCGUGGAGAACAGGCUGAUCCGCAUCUUCCCCAACGGGACCGUCCUUUACGCACUGAGGAUUACCACCACUGUGGCCUGCAACAUGGAUCUGACCAAGUAUCCCAUGGACAAGCAGACCUGCACCCUACAAUUGGAGAGCUGGGGUUACAACAUCAAUGAUGUCAUGUUCUACUGGACUAGAGGGAAUGAAUCUGUCAGCGGCUUAGACACACUUCAGCUGGCCCAGUACACAGUGGAGGACCACUACACCUCUGUGUCAGAGGCCAUCUAUGAAACUGGUAACUACCCCAAACUGGUCUUCCACUUUGAGCUGAAGAGGAGCAUUCUGUACUUCAUACUCGAGACCUACGUCCCCUCGAGCCUGCUGGUUGUCCUCUCAUGGGUCUCCUUCUGGAUCUCUCUGUCCUCUGUUCCAGCACGUAUUUGUAUAGGAGUGACCACAGUACUCACCAUGACCACCCUGAUGAUGGGAGCCCGGACAUCACUGCCCAACGCCAACUGCUUCAUCAAGGCCAUCGACGUGUACCUGGGAAUCUGCUUCAGUUUUAUCUUCGGGGCGCUCAUUGAGUACGCCGUGGCCCACUUCUGCACCCUCACUUACACCGACACCCACAUUCUCAUGUACGGCCACCAAAUGCAUGACUUCGAAGACGAGAUGAACGGCAUCGUCACCACCAUCAGUCACACCAACAGGGCCAAGAGACGCAAGGAGCCCGCCGCGACCCCUCCCACAGCUCCCACCUCCACAGAACUAACAGUCAGCCCGGCCAGCCCUUCAGGCAGUGAGCCAAAGCCUGAAGCGACCCCUCCAGAGCCCACCAAUAGGUGCCUCACUGUCCUGGCCACCAUCCGCAAACUCCUCAGCUUCAUAAGCUGCUGUCACAUCAAGAACCCCCACCACAUAGACAACUACUCAAGAGUCAGCUUCCCCCUGUCUUUCGUCAUGGUUAACCUGCUCUACUGGAUAUAUUAUCUGUACUUUUAG